UUUGGGGAAAAUAUUUUACGCUUUUAAACUCGGUAAGACAUUUUCCGGAAAAUGAUGCCUUCUUCUCCCCUUUCCCCUUUCCCUUCCCCUUCCCUUUUCCCUUCCCCUUGGAUUGCAACCUCUUCCGGUUCCUCCUUAAUCCAGAUGGUUGAAGCCCAAGUGGAGCCGCCCUAUCCUCCAGAUUAUGAAGUAAAGAGCUCUUCGUGAGAUAGCAACAGAACUUGGGAAGAAGGAUUGGAAUUACAAUGAAAACCCUUGCAACAAUAAGUCAAGUUGGUUUACUCCACCGCCGCCGCCAAAUGUGCCUGAGGCCAUUAACAACAGUACUGUCACCUGCAAUUGCUCCUUCCCCAAUGGUGAAUGUCAUAUUGAUGGCAUGCUCACACGGACCUCGACAAAAUGGGUCUACUGCAGUUUCACAAGACAUUAACAGUCUGAAACAUAUUGCAUUGAUGGAGGCCAAGAUGAAAAAACUCUCUGAUUUACUGAGUAAGACAAUUGAACAAACAAAAGAAAAUGUGGUAAAGAAGCUAGCAUUGACGUAUGAGGAAAUGGAACAAGAAUGUAAGGAGAUCAUGGAUGGUUUUGCUGAGGGGAAAGACCUGGUUGUGUCUGUUAUGUCUGCAAUGGGGGAAUGGCAGAUCUGUGCUCUCAAAGACAUUGGUCCUAAGUAGUUUCAAAUUCAUUUAUUGCAAAUCUUAGAUGGAACCAUAAAAGACUUUGGUAGUACUAAAUGCGGUUUUGAUGUUUUGUUUUGGGUUUGGAUAGAAAAAAGAGAACAACAAUAUAACUAGUUUCUUGUUGUGCUAUAGAUUACUGUUUUGCUUUUCUUUUUCAAUAAUUUUUAUUAUAUCGUCUUUA